AUGAUCAAAAACUCUGAAAAACACCAAAAAAGGCCAGACCGAAAUUCUAUAAAUGAAGUCGUAUCAAAUCUUCAAGCACGAAUUGUGGCUUUACAAAAUCAAUAUUUGAACUUUGUUAGCUUCUGUGUAGAAAUGAUAAAAAAUCAUCGACUAAAUGUUGAUCAUACGCUUAGAUUAGAGCCAAAUACUCCCAGAAAUUUAUUUGACAUAUUAGCUAGAGAAGGCGAACUAUUAGAACAAAGUUUAAAAGCAGCAGGAAACAUGAAUACAAAAAUGUUUGAAGGAAAAGAGUUUCAAAAAGCCUUUGAACAAGCCCAAACUGAUGUUUUGAAGAUUUUGACUGAAGAUAUGCCAAAAUCAUAUCAAAAAGCUUACAUUCAUGGCAUUUUUAACUCUCUUGCUGAUAUUUGUAUAAGCCAAAAUAGAACAAGAAGUUUCGAUAGUGAUUUAAGACAAAAUUUAAAAGAGUCAGAAAAUAAAAUCAGCCAAUUAAUGGCGGAAUUAAGAGAAGUGAAAGAGGAAUCAAGAAAAAAAGAUAUUCAUGUUGAGCUAAUGCAAGAGGAAAUAGAAAAAUCAAAUCAAACUGUUAAAGUGUAUUGGAUGAGGGGAUUUACACAUAUUUUUACAUAAUUGCUUUUAAUUAUAGUAUAUUAUUCAUCAGAUAACUAUGCAUAUGUUUAAAUAAUGCAUAUCAGUGUAUCAGACAAAAAUUUCUGAGCUCUCAGCAAAAUUAAUGUCGAAAGAAGACGAAAUUAAAUUAUUGAUGGAAAACACUGAGAAAAGAGAAGAGGAAGAUUUUGGGAAAAGUUUAAAUAGAUUAAGAAAAUUUAGGAGUCCAGAUGGGCUGGAUUACAGAAAAACAUUUUCCGAUACUUAUGAAUUCCAGCAAGAUUCAAUUAAGAACAAUGAAGAUUUAAAAAGAGAAAAUUCUUUAUUGAAGGAGAGAUUGUUAAAAGUUACAAAAGAAAGAGAUAAAUAUAAGAAUUCAAAUAAAUCCAAGGAAUUUGAUGAUUAUAAAAUAUUUUAUGAAAAUCUAGCUGAAAAAUUAAGCGAGCUAUCAAUAGCUAUUGAUAAAUUUAUUGAAAAUUCCAGAUAUUUGUAUGAUCCAUCAGCCCAGGCACAAAUUACUUCAUUUUCGAAUGAAUAUUCUGAAAUAAUGAAAAAAAUUAUAGAAAUAAUUAGAAGUAAAACAAAACAUAAACCAAGGUCAAGCAGUCCAUCAAAAAAUAAAGAAAUACAAUUAAAAAUACCAAACUCUCAGCAAGGAUUCGAAAGUGAGUGCACUCCUACUAAAGAUUUUGGAGAUUUAGAAAAUGAGCACAAGCUAAUAGUAGAGCGUUUUAUGUUUGAAAUAAAGCAAUUAACUGAUAAAAACAAUAUAUUAACUCGAGAAAACGAAAAUUUGAAAAAUAAAAGAAAUGCCUCACAAUCAAAACAAAGAGAAGAAAAUUUAUUCACAGAAAGUCAAAACAGCUUUGACAAAAAUAGAGCUAAAAGGGACUUUAAGGCCAAAGAAAUGACAGUUUUAUUUGAAAAAGAAGAAGAAAUAAAAAGGCUAAAAGCAGUUAUACAAUAUUUUGAGUAUAAAAAUAAAAAACCAGAACUGAGAAUACAAAGUGAAGGAAAAAUAAAGAUAGACCAGCCUUAUAGGACACAGAAUGUUUUGGAGCACAUAAGAAAGCAGCUAAAUGAUAAAGAAAAAGAAAAUUUGAUUUUGCUGGAUGAUAUAGUGCGUGCCCCUUUAUAGAUUUUUAAGACCAAUGACUUUUUAAAAAAAAUUGAUUAAAAUUUUAAAAAAGCUAAAUUUAGAAAUUUCUCUUAUUUCAGUUUUAAAUUCGGAAUAUUUUAAAAUGUUAAAAGGAAUUGGUAUUAUUUCUCAGAAAUCAAUAAGGAGUCAGUCACUAUAUAAAUCAGGCGAGAGGACAAGUCAGAGAGCUCGAAGAAAUGCAGAAUUUCAAAGAAAAAUCAUUUGCAACAAUUAAAGAAAAUUAUGAAAAAAUGUUGAGUCUUAAUGAAAAUGCAGGAAAAGUAGCAUCUAAUUAUGCAACUACGAUGGCAGAUUUAACUGAUAAGCUAGAAAAUGAAAAGAAAAAUACUUUAGAGCUAAAACAAAUCAUAGAACUUGCAAAAGAAAAUAAAGAAAAGCUUGAGUCCUCUAUUAAAUUCUUGAAUGCAAAAUAUAACACAGAAAAAGAAUUUUACCAAAAAUCUUUGGACGAAGAUGAGAAAAAAAUAAAAGAACUCAGUGCAAUAAUUUUGGAAAUGAAAAACUUUGCAGAUUUAACUGAAAAAUACAGAGCCGAAAAUAUUUUUUAUGAAAAAUCUUUGAAAGAGAACGAAGCUAAAAUUUAUGAAAUGGAAGUUACUAUUGAAAAUUUUGAAAAAAAUAAAAAAGCAGCUGCUGAUGACCUUAAAAAAUUGCAAAUUAUUAAUAAUGGGUUGAUUUCUGAAGUUAAAUCGCUAAAUUUGAAAUACGAAUUUCUAAAAUUAAAAAAUGAAGAAUCCAUUAAAAAGAAUCAAGAAGCUCCAAAACCGCAAUCUUUAACAAUUGAAAAAAUAAAUACAAUUGAUAUAGGAGAAGAGAAAUAUUCCACUACAGAUCAAGCUACAAGCCUCUCAAGUAUUUUUAUAAAAGACAAUGAUUUUGAAGAAGCUCAUAUUAAAAAUUUAAUCAUUUCAUUUUUUGAUGAUUUUCAUGAGAAACUGAAAUUAAAAGCUUUUGUUGAGAAUAGUAUUUAUCAACAAUUAGCAAAAAUAGAAAAUCUUACUAUUAAACUGUUGAGCAUAAAAGAGAAAAUGAUUAAUAAAGACAAAAUUAUUUCAGAAUUUAAAGAAAAUAUACCCAUCUAAGAUUAAUAGAAUUUCUCAAAUGUUUAUAGUUAAAUAAUAGCACUUCUCAGUACACAAAUAAUGAGUUAUGUUUAAUAGGUAUAUUAAAAUCCUUGAAAACAAAUUGGAAAUAUCUCAACUUAGCUGCAUGAAAUUAGAAAAAGAGAAAAAUGAAUUGAACUCAGAAAUUGAUCAUCUUUCUCAUAUUUAUACCUCAAAAAUUAGAGAAAAUGAGGAUAUAAAUAAAAGUUUAGGAUCUUUAAGAAUUGAAAAUAAUACUAUGAAGUCGGAAUUAACCAAAAUAGCUGAAGAAAACAUAAAGUUUAAAGAUGAAAAUAAAAAUUUGCAAAUUCUUAAUGAAAAAUUAAAUUCUGAGAUUUCGAAACUAAAAGAAAAUAGCAUCGAAAUCAAUAAUCAGAGCCAGAAACUAGUUAGUUUCUAAAUUAGUAAGACUUAUCAGGAAGCUCGCUGUAAUUCUAUAAGGAUAUCUUCACCUAUAAUACUCUCCUACUCGCCGGUUCUUGCACGAUCUAAAAAGGUUGUUCCUGCUCAACGAGGGCCUGCACUCGCAUCCGGUAGUUGGGUGAAUUGCGUCACCCUACCGUGUGGCAACAAGGUUGUCCACUAUUAAAAAAUUCAAAAGGCAUUGUAGUAAAGCGUACUAUCGGCUAAACCCUGCAUUAUACUCCACUAGUUAAGAAGGUGAUUGGUUCACCAUAUCAUUAUAAUAUAUCAGCCAAAACUAGCAAAGGAGUUGAAAAACAGCGAAAUUAAUUUUAAAUUAAUUGAGCACGAAAAAGAAAACUGGAAACAAAAAUUCGAACAAAAAUCAACAGAAUAUGAAUGUUUAUUACAAACUUCAGAACAAGAAAAAGAGAAAAUGCUAGUUGAAUUAUCAAAUUUAAAGCAAUCACAUAUGGAUGAAAACUUGCAAUUAAAGAAAAAUAAUGAGGAUUUGAUAUUCGAAAACUCCAGACUGCAAAGUGAAAUUAAAAAGAUAGAUCAACAAUAUGAAGCAUUAAAAUCUCACUCCAAUCAUGAAGAAAAUAAAGAAAAGCAUGACAAAAAGGAACAAGAAAUAAGAACCACAAUAAUCUCAAUUGAAGGGAAAAAUAAGCAAAUUGCCUCUCUUUUAGAAGAAAAUUCUAAACUUAAGUUAAAAAUCCAUUUCCUCAGUGAAGUCCCAGAUAAAGAGCUCAGAGAAAGACUUGCUGUAUUAACCAACCGUAAUCGUGAUCUUGAACAAAUAAUCCAAAAUCGCAGUGUAGAUGAAAACGCUACAGAAAUUAGAAAAAUGAAAGAAAUUUUUACCAAACAAAUAGAAAUUCUUACCAGAGACUGUGAGACUUCUCAAAAAUUGCUCCAAGAAGCCAAUAAAAGGACAGUCCAAGAGACUGCAGAACUGCACAAAAUUAUUGAAAAGUUAACAAAAGAGCUAGCAGUAAAACAAGUCCAAUUAACUCAUAAGGCCGCUGAUGGCUGCAAUAUUAUAGCUGUUUAUAAAAAAGUUAAACAUGAAAACCAAGUAUGAUUUUUAGCCAAAAUUGAGCAGCAAUCAGAACUCCUUUGGCUAAAACAGAAUGAAGUCGAUAAGAAAGAAGCAGAUUUUAUUGAUUAUUGCAAAGAUUAUGAGUUGCUUUAUGAAGAAUUGAUGUCGAAAUAUGAAAAUGCCUUAAAAGAAGUUGCAUUUUUGGAAAAAGAAUAUUUGAAAGCAAAAUUGUUGGUCGACAAAAUUGAAGAAAAUUUAGAAGAGCAAAACUGCAUUAAAGGGUUUUUGAAUAUAAAAAAAAUCGUAGAAGAUAAUAAAACCUCUGAAGAAAUCCCAGAGGUAUUGCCAACGCCUAGAAACUAUCAGCCUUCAGCUUUAACUAAUCGCUCUGAUCCUUCAAAUACUCUUGAACAAGUGAUAAAUCAAUUGAAAUCACCACGGAUUGUUGUAGACGAAACUGAUAUCAUUUCUUUACAGCAAGAGUUUUCUAAUGUUGUAGGUGACGAAAGCAUUUUUAAUGCCUCCAGCAAAUCUUCGUCCUUAAUUUCAGAUAACUCAUUGUCAGAAGAUCUCCAGAAAAUAAUCCAAGAGAAAAAUGAAGAGCUUCUUGAUAAAGAAGAAAAAUUAUCCCCACUUGGCUUAUUGGAUCAGUAUAUUUAGAAUAUCAAAAGGGCAAUUUUUAUUAGAAAUAAAGAUUUUUUCUUUAAAAAGCCAUUAAUUUCAUUAUAACCCCAUAUAAAAGAUUACGAAGAACAAAUUCAAAAACUCAAGUCCCAGCUGAAAAAUUAA